AUGAGGUGCCCCCCCGUCGACCGGCGUGGCAUCGACAAGGCCUCCGUGCGCUUUGCCGCUGGGGAGGCAGCUGCAGCGGCGAAGGAGGCUUGUGAUGCCGGACAGGUCUUCUUGCAAGGCAUGAUGGUCAAGGCAAAUUGGCGAUCAGGAGGCAGUUUGCCGGAGACCGUGGCCAUCGCGACAGACGAUGGAACCUGA